GAGAUGCCGCCAUGUAGUGCAACGCGGGAGACAGCUCACCAAGAACAGUAAAAGUGUGUUCGUAAGCUGGCCAAACCAUACACUUCAUUCUGUUGCCUUGCCGAAAACAAAUACGAAACGCUUAUGGACUGGACAUCUUAUCGCUAGCGGGCAAAGAAUGUUCCGUAAGGGAGUCAUCAGAAGUCUUAUGGUCGUCUGUGUCUUUGGCAGUAUCACCUGUUUCUUCGCCAUGUUACUCAUCACACCAACGGAAGGCUUUAAUCUCAAUUACAAAUACAUACCAAAAUACUAUGGUUGGAGACAAUGCGAGGAUAAGCAGAGCCUUACUCUUCUUAAUAACGUUACCUACCAGCUGGAUAGCGAUGGUGGAACAAUCUGGAGUGGUGUCGUUGACUUCCUUGCACCAAUCAAAGACUUGACGAAGCUGGCAGUGACAUUGCAUCGCUGCUCAGGAGGCGUAAGCCCGAACCUUUGCGAGUACUACACACACUGGAUCUGGACUACCGCUGUAUGCAGUAUGGUAUCAGCCAAGGGCAUGUUGUGGACACCUCUUGCUGAAGCCUUUGAACCUCCCUUUAAAUGCCCAGUCCCCGCUACCCGACGCAUCGUGACCAACGGUUCCCUUGAUAUUCAAACCGCCCUGGCGAUGGGCGUCAGCAAUGCGGAGAAGUACAUUUGGGACGUGGAGGUAGAGCUGUUUAAUGAGAAGAACUUACGUGCUUCCUGCGUGAGAUUCUACGUUGAGGCACUACGCGUACGCAUAAACAAGCUUGGUAAGAUUAAACCGUAACAAUUUUGUGAAACUGACCACAUAAAAGUAAUCGGUGCCUUGCAAAAAAUAUUCGAUGGGUCCUGAGAACAAAGUACGAUCUCGCCGCAAUCACUCAACAAAGUCUGGACUCGCCGCGACAGUUCAACAAAAUCCGAUCUCACAGCGACCGUUCAACAGAGUCCGAUCUGGCCGCGACCGUUCAAUAGUCCGAUCUCAUUACCGGCGCGUUCCGAGUAAACGGGUUUUGAAAGUUCAGGAUCCAAUGACAAAUUACCGGAUGAUUUAUGUUAAUAAGGGAAAGUGCUCCAUAAUUCCUCAGUCCUUCCUGAACAUAAGGAUACAAAAAAAAUUGUUUUGGGUCGGUUUUGUCUUCAAAAUUAGGAAUUGUUUUAAUCUUUCCACGGAUUUUGCCCUUUGGGCUUACUUUCGUCCAUCAGCCUUGGCCUAUGAAGUUUAAAAAUGGCGGCACUGUUUUCCAAUCGUUUGAACCUCUCGCGCCUCUUCACCAUACGGCCGGGCACCCCAGGCAAUCAUUCACGUGUAGCCACUCGCGUUGUACUGGUGGUAUCGCGAAAAAAUUACAGCUUUAACCUGGGUCCAUGUUCGACUCGCUUAUACCCACCAUCUAUCUUUACCGGUUUGGGAGCUAGAACCGAGGGAAGUGCGAGGCGCCGCCGCGCCUGCGCCUAUCUCCUUGCCCCGUAUU